UCGCUCAGACCGCGAUGGAGGCCGCCGGAGUCGCCCUGGUGCUGCUGGUCCUGCUCGGCGCCGCCGCCAGCCUCACCUUCUACGGAGACAGCCUCCACUUCCUGCCGCCGCAGAGGAACCGGGACGGGGACGUGACGGUGACGUUCUUCAGCCGGCAGAACGGGCGGAGCAGCUGUCAGGACGAGUCCUCCUUCUCCUGCCGGGACGACGUCUGCAGCCGCCUGGACAAGUUCCGCGUCCUGCAGACGGACCGGGACGACCCGGGACGGGGACGCUGGUGCCAGUCUGAGGGACGAUCCACCGUCACCGUCAGGAGAACCGGCGGAACCCGGAGCCUGGCCCUGACGGACUCGGGUUGCUGCUGGGUUUCUAACGUUGCGGGUAUCAGGCACUGGACCAGUGGGGCGGAGCUCGAUCUCGGAACCCGGUCCGACUCCAAGUCCAUCAACCGUUGCCCGGUAACCGCCGCCGUGUCGUCGCUAAGGUACCCUCAGAACUGCUUCUCCCAGCUCCGCCUCCUGGCUCACGACCCGGAUGGCGACAGCGUCAGGUGUCGCUAUGCCAACGAAACGGCGGCGCCCUCCAACUUCACCCUGGACCAGACCGCCUGUACCAUCAGCCGGACAGGCGAAGUGCAGAUAGGCGUCCACGUGUUUGAAGUGAUGCUGGAGGACUUUCCGGUGGACAACCUGACCGUGAGCUACGAGGACGGAUUGACCGUUUCCCACCGAGCGUCCGGUUCCUCGCAACAGCCGCUGUGCAAAGUCAAGCUGCAGUUCACAGUCGACAUUCUGGACUCUCUCCCGAGCUGUGAGGCUGGUGGACAGCAGCCGGUCUUCCUGUCCAAGACGCCGUCUCACGGUCAGGUCCUGCGAGCCGCCGUGGGUGAGACGGUCCACCUGUACGCUCCAGUCCAGGCUCUCCGGGCCAGCGUCGAGGACUUCCAGGUGAGCGGCCCGCAGAACAUUACCAAGGCGAUCAGAGACGACACGGCGGGGGACGCAGAGCUGACACUGAGCUGGACGCCCCAGGAGGGAGACGUCCACAGAGACGUCCCCCUCUGCUUCACAGCACAGACCAACCAGACCCAAUCAGAAAUGAGGUGUGUUGUCGUCAUGGUGACCGAUACACCGGCUGACCACGGCAAGGCGUCGGUCCGCUGCUGGGACGGGAAGAUGGCGGUGGUUCUGGAGAAGGCGUCCAUGCCCGGCAUCGACGUCAACUUCCUGCGGCUGCAGGACCCCAACUGCUCGCUCAGCGCCAACGCCACGCACAUCACGGGCGCCAUGUCACUGCACACCUGCGGAACCACGCUGGAGGACGACGGGGACUUCAUGGUGUUCCGGAAUGAGAUCCGGUCGUUCGAGGUGUCGGACGCCGUCAUCACCCGGAGGAAGAGCAUCAGGGUCGGCUUCUCCUGCCGCUUUCCCAAGGCGCUCAGCGUGUCCUCGUCCUUCGCCGUCCACAAGUCGGAGUACGUCUUCACCGAGUCCGGCUUCGGCAGCUUCAGCUACGCCUUCGAGAUCUUCCGGGAUGGGAACUUCUCGGAGCGGGUUCUACCGGACCGGUACCCGGUGGAGGUCCGGCUGAUGGAGACGGUCUACAUGGGGAUCCAGGCCACGGCGGAGCUGGGCGGCGUCCAGCUGUUCGUGGAGUCGUGCGUCGCCACGCCUGACGACGACCCUGGGAGCAACAUGACCUACGACCUCAUCAAGGAUGGGUGCAUCAGAGACGAGACUCUCCAGGUCCACAAGUCUCCUCCGACCUCCUUCAACUUCCAGGUCCAGGCCUUCAAGUUCACAGGAGACCACGACCAGGUCUUCAUCACCUGCACCGUCCUGCUGUGUGACGUCUCCAGCCCGGCGUCCCGCUGCGCUCUGGGCUGCCUGAAGGACGCGUCCAGGAGACGCCGCAGGGGGCUGGACAGACAGACCCACGGACACGAGAUUACCCAGGGUCCCCUGCAGUUCGUCCGGCCGGACCCCGCCCCCGCCGGUAACCGUGGAAACGUCGCCGAUGCACAAAUACACACCUCAGAGGACCGCGGAGACGCCAGAGUGUCCCCUGAAGAUGCGUCCAGAUUCCAGACGCUGCUGUCCUCCCGCGUCAGCACGGCGGUGUUCGCGGUGGCCUUCCUGGUCGCCGUGGCGAUCCUGGUGGCGGUGGUGCGGUACUACAGGACGAACAGGGACACCGAGGACACCGGCGCUCUGAUGGAGGACGACUAGCGGCGGCGUCCCGGGUCCUCGUCCUUGUCCAUCUCACUCACUGCAGACCGAUCGAGUUUUUAUGAGUCUUUUCUGAAUUCUGUCCGAAUUUAUCGUUUAAUCAACGUCUGCUGAACAUCUGGUUCAAUGCAAGCUAGCUCCGACGACUCAACCACAUCACCAUGGCAACCAGUCGAGCGUCCUGACGGUCGAUUCCUCUCUCCCGUCCUCAGAACGCCGACGGGUUUGAAGGUUUGGUGAACCGUGCUGUGAAAUCUGAAAACACUGUGAUCCGCUCUGAAGUUCUUCCUUCUGUUUUUGGGGCUUCAUGAAAACUUUCACCUCGUUUUAUUCUAUGAAUAAAAGAUUCAAAGGAUUCAGA